AUGGCUGAAAGUCUUCAACGUAAUACGAAUGGUUGGAUAGACACUGCAAAAGAUGUUUUAACUGCUGUAAUUGAUGUCGGCGGUUUAGAACAAAUAUGCAGACCAGCAAUCAACGCUGGUAUUCUUAAAUCUGAUGAUGUGUCUCGUGCGACUCAUCAUGUGAUAUCGCUUGGUGAAACAUUAAAAAGAGCCUAUAAUCGGGCAUGUGAUAACGCUGUGAAGAAUUCUAAUGAAUUCUUAUUAUCAAUUGAAAAUAAUGAAAAUGCAAGUACAAACGCAACAGUACAAAGAGCAGUAAAACAACAUCGAAACGACGUGAAAGAAUUUCAAGAAGGUAAAGUCAAUGUCGAUAUACCUUAUCAAAGUCAUAUUAAACUAAGACAAACAAUUAAACAAGUCGAAUCAAAUCAACAAUCUGACGUACAUAAGAAAGCAGAACAAUCUAGUAGAGCUUGGAAUUUAGCAAAAUCUCUCGGGAUAAUUGUCUUAACCGCUUGUAUCAUUGUUGGGAUGGUUCUUUUGAAACGGUGA